AUGGCGCUGGGCGCUGUCGCUUUGCAGCUGGGAGUCCUGGCAGGCCUGCGCUGCGCUUCAGCCCUCGGCGCUGGCUUCGACCAAUCCAUGGCGGAGAAAUACCUUUGGAUCCAGCAGCUCACGCUCAUGCCCGAGGCCGAGCUGGCGACCAUGCGCUGCGGCUUAGCGUGUGACGCGUUGCCGGAAGUGUCGCAGGUCCAUGUCACCGAAGACAGUGGGCCCCUGAAUACCCGCGGCCUGGUCGCGACAUUUGGAGGCGACUGCCUCGUGACCUUCAAGGGCUCCACCAGCAUCUCCAACUAUCUGCUGGGGGAUUUCGACAUUUUCUUGGAACAGCCUUUCAGCUCCUGCCCGCACUGCCGGGUCCACAAAGGCUUCUACAAAAGCUGGGGCAGCCUCGCAGCCGAAACCAACAGAGCCCUCGAGGAUUUAGGAUGUGGGACGAAGCCAUUGCGAAUGUCUGGCCAUUCUUUGGGAGGUGCUAUGGCCCUGUUGGCGGCCUUCCAACUUUCGGACAAGUAUCGCAUCAAGGAGAUUUACACAUUUGGUCAGCCACGAGUCGGGAACGACGCGUGGGUAAGCGCUUUCGCAGCCCGCAUGGCCAACGUGACAUUUUUCAGGGUGGUGUCCUACAUGGAUCCGGUUCCUCACCUGCCACCUUCCUGGCUGAUUGGCUAUCGCCAUGUCGGGCCAGAGGUAUGGUACGAUACCACGACGCAAGGUAGCCCCGCCUUCUGCGCUGCAGGCCAAGACAGCUGCAGCGGUCAGUAUUCGCUGUUUCGGUGUCUUUUCCACACCUGCGACCAUUGCUCCUACUUGGGACUGAACCCGUGCAAGGCGAACGAUCCUCAGCCAGCCUGCGUGCAAGGAGUUGGUCAAAGAUGA